AAUGACUUAACUUAUGGCCCAAAAUUAGCCCAUAAAAUACCAGGCGAGCGUCGGCCUCUGGUUAGAUUUUAGUCUUCGUUUCGGCGGAGAACUUCUUCGCUGUUGCAGUAUUGAGGUAGAAGGGAAAACAAAGGGAAUGGACAUAGCUCUCUUUUCUCCAUCUUCACUUUUCACCGACGACGAAGAAGUCUCUAUGAGGAAAAUACAGAUACCCAUCAGAGCUAUGUGGAGAGGAGGCACCAGUUUCCUGGCAUGGAGUUGCUUAUUCGAGAAUUUUCCUUUCACCAGUUGAAUGCUAACUUACUCUGGCCAGGUACAUUUGCAUUUGCAGAAUGGCUAGUUCAACAUCGACCAUGGAUAGAAGGCUGUUGUUGCCUUGAAUUAGGCAGUGGGACUGGAGCUUUGGCUAUUUUUCUCCGAAAAUCAUUUAAUCUUGACAUAACAACAUCAGACUAUGAUGAUCAGGAAAUUGAAGAGAACAUAGCUCACAACUGCCAGGCAAAUGGAAUUAUGCCUGUCCUUCCUCACAUAAAGCACUCAUGGGGAGACACCUUUCCAGCUGCUGUUCCACACUGGGACCUGAUCAUUGCAAGUGAUAUCCUAUUGUAUGUCAAACAGUACCCUAGCUUGAUAAAGUCUCUCUCUUAUCUCCUAAAAUCUUACAAGCCAAAAGAUGACAAAGCUGUUCCUCUUGUGGGAAAUAACCAAAGCGGUGGAAUGUCCAUGGGAUUGCCUCUACCAGCAUUUCUAAUGAGCUGGAGACGCAGAAUUGGGAAGGAGGAUGAAUCACUCUUCUUCACUGGUUGUGAGAAUGCUGGUCUGGAAGUAAAGCAUAUCGGAUCCCGCGUAUAUUGCAUUAAACCAAGAGAAAAUAUUAAUUAUAUGAUUAAGAAUGGCUGAACUAGAUGAUUGAAGCGGGUAUAAAAUUAAGAAUUGUACCUCAAUUAAAGUGAUAAAUCAGGAACAUGGUCAUAUUAGCUAGAAUGGUUCUUUUAAAAGUUUGGAAUGCAAUGUUUCUCUUAAGACAAAUACAAAUUGUCUCAGUGAUGCUAUUGUGGAA